AUGGCUGACUCGGGCAAAGAUGCCAAGUUCUUCCAGCGCGGCAAAGUCGACGAGCUGCGCCUCGAACUCAAUGCCGACAAGAAGGACAAGGGCUGGGUACGCAAGAAGGCAGUCCUCAAAAAGAUCAUCGCUAACGCUACCAUGGGCAAUGACAUGUCCGCCCUCUUCACAGACGUCGUCCAGUGCAUGAACAUUCAGGUCCUCGAAAUCAAGAAGAUGGUCUACCUUUACCUCAUCAACUACGCACGCGCAAAGCCAGACCUCGUCCCCAACGCCAUCCCCGGCUUCCUCUCGGAUUGCAACGACCGAAACCCGCUCAUUCGCGCGCUGGCGAUUCGCACCAUGUCCUACAUCUACGUUCCGGCCGUCCUAGCAGCACUGAUCGACCCCCUGAGGCAAUCACUGAAAGACGCUGAUCCAUAUGUCCGCAAAACGGCUGCCAUCUGCGUCGCCAAGCUCUACAUGCACGACAAGCGCCUCAUCGAGAAGCAUCAGUUUAUCGGCAUGCUCAGAGAUCUUCUGGCCGACGCCAACCCCACCGUGGUCGCAAACGCCGUAGCCUCCCUCGUCGAGAUUUCCGAACGAUCCGACAACAUCCAGCUCAAACUCAAUCUCACCAUCGCUUCCAAGCUCGUCUCUGCGCUCGCAGAAUGCUCCGAAUGGGGUCAGACCUACAUCCUCGAAGCGCUCAUGUUCUUUGUCCCCUCCGACUUUGCCGACGCCGAGAUCCUAGCAGAGCGCAUCGCCGUCCGUCUGCAGCACGCCAACUCGGCGGUCGUCCUCACCUCGACCAAGGUUAUCCUGUACCUGAUGAACUACAUCGCCAGCGCCGAGUUCAAAGAGUCCCUCUGUCGCAAGCUCUCCCCGCCACUCGUCACGCUGCUCUCGUCAGGCCCAGAAGUGCAGUACGUUGCGUUGCGAAACAUCCUCCUCGUCAUCCAACGCAGACCGCUGGUGCUGCAGAAUGAAGUCAAAGUCUUCUUUUGCAAGUACAACGACCCCAUCUACGUCAAGAUGGCCAAGCUCGAGAUCAUCUACCGUCUCGCCAACGAGCGCAACGUCGAGCAAGUCCUUGCCGAGCUGCGCGAGUACGCCUCCGAGGUGGACGUUGACUUUGCCCGUAAGGCCGUCCGCAGCAUCGGCCGGCUAGCGAUCAAGAUCGAAUCUUCGGCGGACAAGUGCAUCCAAGCCCUGCUCUCGCUCAUCCAGACCAAAGUCAACUACGUCAUCCAGGAGUCGAUCGUGGUGAUUAAGGACAUCUUCCGCAAAUACCCCAAUCGGUACGAGAGCAUCAUCUCGACGCUCUGCGAGAACCUGGACAGCUUGGACGAGAGCGAGGCCAAGGCCGCCAUGAUCUGGAUCAUCGGUCAGUACGCAGAUCGGAUUGAGAACUCGGACGAGCUGCUGGAGGAUUUCCUGUACACGUUCCUCGAGGAGCCGGUGGAGGUGCAGCUUGCGCUGCUUACAGCGACGGUGAAGCUGUUCCUCAAGAGGCCAACAGCGGGUGGCGAGCUCGUGCCGAAAGUGCUCAAAUGGGCGACGGAAGAGGUGGAGAACCCGGAUUUGCGAGAUCGAGGCUUCAUGUACUGGCGACUCCUAUCGACAGACCCGGAGGCGGCGAGGGACGUGGUGCUGGGCGGCAAACCAGCGAUAUCAACGGAGACAGAUCGGAUGGACCGACAACUCCUAGAUCAACUCCUGCUGCACGGUGCCAGCCUGGCAAGCAUCUUUCACCGCCAACCACAGACGUUUAUUCGGAAUGCGAAGGCGAGGUACGUCCCGGACUCACCGGCGUUGGACGAAAGCGCGAGGCGGUACGCUUCCGCACAUCUCUACAGCAAGCCGCUGGUGAGAGGGCCAGUGCUCAACACCAGCACGGACGAGAACGAGGAGAGAAACGGAAAGCUGCCGCAGGACGACGAAGAGGCGGAGUCGUCAAACUUGCCGGCGCGCGAUGUCAAGGGGGCGGUGGUCAAGGAGAAGAAUUGGUUGGAAGACCCGGAGGAUGCCGAACAGGAUGUGGACGAGUCGGAAGGUUUCGCCAGCAAUGGGAGGACCAGGGAGGAUGCGGAUGGUUCAUGGGCUCAGUUGUAG